AUGAGUUAUGGUGGGUUAAAUAUUCCCAGAGCAGGCAACGAUAUAAAAUCUCAGCUGAAGGAAGAUUGGGAUAAUCGGGAGUACGUUGAGGUCAUAUCGUUUAACGUAAAGAAAAUUGCUGACUUUCUGAACGCUUUCGAGCUCUCUUGUCGUAGUCGUUUGGCAGUUUUGAACGAGAAGCUAAACAGUAUUGAGCGAAAAAUUGAAUACCUAGAAGCGAGUAUCACCAAGGGCGAAACGUUGCACUAA